CGGAGGGUGGUGGGACGGUGUGGGGCGAUAGCCUUAUCUUACUACAUUACAGUUCACCGGACUCAAGCUAAAAGUGGGAACAAACGAAGCAAUUAAAGAUGUUAAGCCUCUCGAUUCUUUCUCCGACAACAGUUACUUUCCCCACAAAACCCACUUUUCCAAUCUCCAAACCAUCCUUCAAUGGAGUUAAAAUCCAGCAUUUCAGUCCCGUACCAAUUGCUGUUCAAACGUCUUCGUCUCGAGGAUCAUCAGUGGUGAUGAUGGCGAAGAGAGAAGAAGAAAUGAAGGAAAUAAGAGAAAAAACUACCGAGGAAAUAAAUGAAGAGGUCGUUGAAUUAAAGGGAGAGCUUUUCAUGCUUCGCCUUCAGAGGUCGGCUCGGAAUGAGUUCAAAUCCAGCGAGUUUCGCCGCAUGCGCAAAAGGAUUGCUCGGAUGCUUACCGUGAAGCGAGAAAGAGAGAUUGAGGAGGGAAUUAACAAGCGAUUGUCAAGAAAACUUGAUUGGAAAUGGAAGAAGAGCGUUGUAGUCAGGCCCUCUCCAUCCUUGAAGAAGUUGCAAGAGGAAGAGGCAGCUGCAGAAGCCGAAAAAUCUUCAUGAGCCAAUCCAGAUGCUUUUAUGACAUGAUGUUGUAUUUUAGAGGGGAGGCUGUUUUAGCUUAAGUUUAAACUUUGAAGUACCCACUUUCUGUUUUUGUUUCAGAACAUUAUGAUAUGUAAUUAUGUAUCAUAUGGUGCUAUUGUAGGGUUUAUUCUUUAAUCAUGAUUUGCUAUUUGCUGGCUAUGCCGAUUACCAAUUUUA